AACCUAGCUAACUCGACCACAUUCUAGGGAAAGUGAAAACGUCAUGUUGGCGAUAUUGAUGUCGGUGAAGACAACACCAAAAAUGAAAAAAGAUCUUAUGAAAUUAUUUAGACAAGUGCGCUAUUGCUGGAAAAUUAUGACCCUAAAUUUGGUAGUGGUAGUGACAAAAUAGUGACAGUUUGAAAAAUUGUCUGUAAUUUUUUCGCCCCCUUGCGAUAUGAGUAUACCGUUAUUUCCCAAACUAAAACCAAAAUUGAUCGAUCCGUUGUGGUUUGACGUUGAUCAGCCUUGCGACGAUGAAGAGGAAGUGUCGCAAUUAGAGGCACAACACCAAGCUUGGCUACAAUCCAUAUCGCAACGUGACAGUGAUUUAGCCCCCAUUGGUAAAACGGUUUGCGAGAAUUUGGAUGAGGACGAUGAUGAGGAGGACGAAGACGAUAACGAUGACGAUGACGAGUCCGAGAGUCACGAUGAGGAAGAAGAGGAUGAAAUCGAAAUGGACAUCUCGCAAGAAAGGAAUUCGCCAGUCGACGUAAUAAACCCCAAUGCCACGGUGUAGUUUAUUUAAAAUAUUUACCUAGCUCUUAGUGCUACAAAGCUGUACAUAAUUCUAAAUAAAAAAUAUUUAUUUCAAGAA